AUGAAUGCCCAUUUGGAACCUCUUACUCUGCAUGCUCAUGCCUUGGGCCCAAAUCCCGUCAAGAUCGCGAUCGCUUUAGAGGCCCUCCACAUCCCAUACAAAGUCAAGUCCUGGGACUUUAGCGACGACCCCAACACUGGCGUGAAAGGUACUUCUUUUUUGAAAAUCAACGAGAACGGCCGAGUGCCGGCACUCGAAGAUCCAAACACGGGUGUUGUGUCCUGGGAAUCAGGAGCAUGCAUGAACUAUGUUCGCAGAGUAUACGAUGUCGGCAACAUGAUCGGACCUCCCGGUGGCUCUGCCCAGGAACUGGUCGAUUUCGACAAGUGGGAGUACUUCCUGCUCACAACCCUUGGCCCAAUGACUGGCCAGACCAACUGGUUCACACACUACCACCCGACCAAGAACGAGGAUGCACUCCAGAGAUACCGAGCGCAGACUUACCGCUGCUAUGAUGUUCUAGAACAGCAAUUGGAGAAGUCGGGAGGCGAAAGUAUUCUUCCGGGUCGGGUCUCGACUGUUGACUUUCAUUUCGAGCCUUGGGUACGGCAGCAUAAGUUUGCCGGACUGUCCUUGGACAACUAUCCAUGUAUCACCAGGUGGCUUGUUUUGAUGGAUGCUCGAGAGGACGUUCAAGAGGCUUAUUGCAAAGUCAAAGGUAAAGGGAAAUAA